GCCUCACACAGAACCAGAACCCAGUGCAAAACUGCGUUUGGAUUGGGAAAAAGGAAGAAGAAGAAGAAGCUUUGAAUCCAACAAUGGUGGUUCGACUUCGCCUAUCUCGAUUCGGCUGCAAGAACAAGCCCUUCUACCGCGUCAUGGCCGCCGAUAGCAGAUCCCCAAGAGACGGCAAGCACCUCGAAGUCCUCGGCUACUACAACCCUUUACCAGUCCAAGACGGUGGCAAACGAAUGGGUCUCAACUUCGAUCGAGUCAAGUAUUGGCUUUCUGUUGGAGCUCAACCAUCGGAGCCGGUAGAGCGUCUUCUAUUCCGGGCUGGGUUGCUUCCUCCGCCGCCGACUGUCGCCAUGGGGCGGAAAGGUGGACCGCGUGAUAUGCGUCCUGUUGAUGGGUUAACUGGGCGUGUUAUCGAUCAGGAGAAGACUGCUACUAGUUCCAACAGCAACAAGGACAAGGAACUUGUACAAGAAUGAAUGGCAUUGCUUGCUUGCACGUGAAAAUCAUUGAAGACAAUAAGAACUUUGGGUUAUGCUAGGCAAGGCUUUGACCAAUUUUUCUGAGCUGUUGAAUAUAUGUUAGGUGUAAUUGCAUCUGUUUGAAUUUUAUAUGAACUGAUUAGGCUAUCUUGUUGUUAAAUUAAUGGAAUGCUAGUUUUGGUUUUCUGGGACUUGUAGCAACUAGCAAAUGUAGUUUAUUUAGUUUUGGCUCUGUUCCUUAAUGGCAUAAUAUAUGUAGUUGGAGUCUCUGGUUGGCUUGCUUGUUUGUUUUUGCUGAUGAAUUUUGAAAUGUUAUCCAGAAUAAGUGGAUAUGUCAGCUGACUCGACUCGAAUGGAAAUUGUCUAAAUUUUGGAUCUUGAAUGAAUGAUAUGUCAGUUGUAA